AUGUCGGUCGGGAAUAAGUCACAGCAGAGUGACGAUCGACAGGACUUCGAGUCUUCCGAUUCUCAUGUUGCUGGAUCCGAGGACGCAGAAUCGAUGAUCGUAGAGCUCGACGACGACGGUUACCAGGACCUGCUUCCUCCCGACAUGGAAGAUAUACGAUCUGAGGUUGGAGACAUGUCGGGUGAUGCGUCCGACGCGGGAGCUUCAUUCCAGGGUGAGGUUCUAAACAUCGAACCCGUUUUGGAACUCGAUGAUAACUCCCUAAAUGUCCACGGUCACGAUAUCGAUACUGCGCAACCUAAUGCCGAACGGGAUACCGCCGAGGACUUGUUGGGUACAGGAGCUUCAUUCUCAGAUGAUUCUCUUCACAUCGAUCCCGUCCUCGAAGUUGAGUGA